GAUCACCACAUCCCAGUACGACGCCGUAGCGCUCGGUGGUCUACCGGCCAUAGCGAAUUCACCAGGAUAUGAUGACUGCAUGAACUAAACACAUUUUUGCCAAGUUGAUGAUCAGCACCAUGAAUCACAUGAAAGAUAAAAAACCUUGUAGACCUGACAUUCAAGAGAUAUUAUCAAGAAUGAAGAAUCGUUUUAUCAAUGAAGGAGAUUCUGAUUCUGAUGACUGUGUAAAAGCAGAAAAUAUUGUGACAACAACAACUGUUGUUGAAAGUAUUGUAAAUGAAACUCCUAUAGAAAAAAGUCCUGAUGAUGAGAUAGCAGAACUCAUGUUAAAAUUGAAUGGGCAAGUAGAUGAGGAGCUAGUAGCUAGUAUUAGAUCAAUGAAAAAAAUGUAUGAAAACCAGUCUAUAGUAGACAGUACAUCAUUAACAGAUAAUUUUGAUGAAACCGAACAGGAGAAACCUAGAAUUAUUUUAACGUUGAGACCAAAUGAAAAUAAACCUGAUACCUAUGUUAGUUCCACCAACCUUACAGAUUACAAUUCAAAUAGCCCAAAAAGAAAAAAACAAAUAAAUGAUGCUAAUACUGAAAUUCCUCCCCUUAAAAGGUCUUCAAGAAGAUCUAAUGAUAGUAAUCAGUCAGUGUUAAAGUCUGCUAUUGCUCGUAAAGAAAGAACAUUUAGUAUUGAUGUAGAUUCAAAAAAAAAAAUUCCAAAAAAAGUAAAAAAAGAACCAGAAGUCACAAAUGAAGUGGUUGCUCCUGUUAAUAUAAAAAAAACUAUUGAGAAUGAUAUCCAGGACAUUAAAGAAGAAAAAAAUGAAGAGAGUACUUGUGAUCAGAAAAAAAAGAAAAAAAAAUUUUUCAGAGGUGGACGAUACAAUAUUUUCAAGAAAAAAUCUUUACAUAAAGAACGUCAAAAAAAUGUUAAAAAAUCCAUUUGUAAUCAGAUAAACUCAGAUUCUGGACAUUUUGAUUUAGAUUCAUCAGAAACAAAUUCAGAAAAACAUUCUGCUUCAGUUUGUAGUGACAUUGGUACAUUAAUAUCUAGUGAUAAAAAUUAUCAGGACGAUAUGGAUACUAAUUUAUCUACUAUUGAUGUUGAAGAUAAAAUAAAUGAAGGUACUUCUGAUGUAGAAGACAGAGAUUUUCAAUUAUGUUUAUGUGAAUCAAGUAUUGAUGUAAUAAUAGUCGACGAAGGAAAAAUUUCUUGUAAAGCUGAGGAUUGUAUUGAUGGAAAAUUAAUAGCGUGCAAGAAAUUAGCUUUUCAUCUGGAUGAAUAUGGCUAUAUGCCUAUGUUAAGAGCAAAUGUUGCUUUACCUUUUUCAACAUUUUGUGAACAUCACAUGAAUCGUUUCUUUUUACAUCAUUGUUGCCCACGUUGUGGGAAAUUUUGUUCAGAGGGUAUAUUUAUGAUGUGUAAAAAUAAACAUUUUUCACACAUCGGUUGCCAUCAAAAAGACAAAGCUUGUUUACAUUGUGGUGUUAUUGAUGUUUAUGACAUAGAGUUGAAAAGACAUGUAAUUAAACAUAAGAAAAUAAGUAACCAUAAAAAAGAUUCACCCAAUGUGACUGUAGAAGUAGGAAGUAUGAAAUUGACUACUGUUGAUUGUCCACCAGAAAUCGAUGCAACUGAGUUAUCAAAAUAUUUGCAACAACUUAAAGAUGAAAUUAUUAAUCCUAAACGUACUAUGUACUCAGUUCUUGGACUUUAUCAAGCUUGUGAAUCAAAUGAUAUAAAAAAAGUUAUAUCGAUUUUAGGGGCAGAAUGCAAUCUUUCAUAUAAAUUUCCCAGUAAUCAUAAUCGAACAGGGUUACAUGCUGCAGCUAGUAAUGGACAUCUUAUGAUUGUGUAUUUAUUACUACAAGCUGGUGUGGACCCAAAUUUGGUUGAUAAUAAAAUGAAAUCGCCCUUGAGGAUGGCUGCUAAAUUUGGUCAUAGUAAUGUUCUUCAAUACCUUUUAAAUUUUAAUGGAGCUCCUGAGAUACGAGAUGUACAAGGUAUGACUUCACUUCAUCUAGCUGCUAAAAAUGGACAGUUAGAAUGCUGUAAAGUUAUACUAAAUAAACGACCGUCUAUGGUGAAUUGGAAAGAUAACGGAGGAUGGACUCCACUUGUAUGGGCUUGUGAAAACAGUCAUAUUGAUAUUGUGAAAUAUUUUAUGACUCAUAAUCCAAACACAAGAAUACCUGAUGAUGAAAAUAAUGUUGCAUUACAUUGGGCUGCAGUUUCUGGAUGCCUUGGAGUUGUUAAACCUUUGGUAGAAUUUGAUUCUGAGGUCAAUAUGUUUAAUGAUGCUGGUGACACUGCAUUACAUAUUGCUGCUCGUAAAAAUGCUGUUGAUAUAGUAUCAUAUUUAUUAGAAAAGGGUGCUAUGGCAUGGCACAAAAAUGGAGAUAAAAAAAAACCUAUAGAUUACUGUACUCCGGGUACUAAAUGUUAUAAUUUGCUGAAAAAAGUUCUACCAAAGCAACGUAAACCAGUUUCUUUUGUAAGUCCAUUACUUACUCUUGACUCAGAAUUUGUUAAACGAGAGUUAGAAACAAACAAAACUCCUGUUUUUGUCAAAACUACACCUGUUCUCAUAUCUGAAGAUAUUACUCAUGGUUGUGAAGAUGUUCCAAUUAAAUGUGUAAAUGAAAUUGAUGAUGAAAUACCAAUAGAAUUUACAUACAUUAAAGAGAACUGUUAUGAUGUAGGGAAUUAUGUUGAUUCAGCUAUGUCCCAUAUAGCUAGCUGUAAUUGUGAAGGUGCUUGUAAUACCAAUGAUUGUAAAUGUGUACAAGCCAAUGGUGAUUGUUUGUAUGAUAAAAAUGGAUGCUUGAAUUCUGAUUUUGAUUAUUUUAGCCCGAGUGCUAUAUUAUAUGAGUGCAAUUUGCGUUGUAGGUGUCAUAAACAACGAUGUGGCAAUAGAGUUAUUCAAAAGGGUAUAAAAGUAAAAUUAGAAUUAUAUAAGCAUAAAGAUAUGGGAUGGGGUGUAAGAGCACGGCAAGCCAUACCUCGAGGAACAUUUGUAUGCGAGUAUGUUGGUGAAAUAAUUACUGAUCAAAAAGCUAAUGAUUUAAAAGAAGACUCAUAUUUGUUUAAUUUGGAAAACCCUGGAGCUACUGAAUUAUAUUGUAUUGAUGCCUAUAACUAUAGUAAUGUAUCUCGUUUUAUUAAUCAUUCAUGUGAUCCAAAUCUCAUGUCUGUUCGAUCAUUUAUAAAUCACCAUGACAAAAGAUUUCCCAGAAUUGCAUUUUUUGCAGUUCAAGAUAUAAAAGAAAAUGAACAAUUAAGUUAUGACUAUGGUACUACUUUCUGGAAAAUAAAAGGUGGUUUGUUCACUUGUAAAUGUGGUAAAUCUAACUGCAGUUUUUCAGAAGAAACUAUAAAAAGUCUUCAUAUUGACUCAGAUAAUGAAGAGGUAGAAUUGGAUAAAAAUAUUGAACAAAUUAAAAAUGAAAAAAAAUAUUUGGCGAACAAUAAAUUAUUAAAUCAAGAUAUAGUAGAGACAAAUAAAUCAAAUAGUAACUUGCUAAAUCAAAAAACUGAAUUAUCUAAAAAUAAAAAUUUACUAGGACAAAACACUAAUUUCAAAGAAUUAGAUAUUAACAAAUCCAAGCAAAAAAAUGGAUUAUUAAUUGAAAACAAAUCUAUUAAUUUAAAUGUGAAUAAAGACAAAGAAGAAAAUAAAAAUAUACCUGAACAAUUGCGUAAGGAAUCUGAUGGUCAUUCAAAAAAAAUUCUUGAAUCAAAAUUAAUUCAAAAUAAACCACAAGCUGUGUUAAAUACGCUAGAUAAAAAAAAAUUAGUUGAUAAAAUGGUAAAAGGAAAUGCAUGUCAAUUGUUGAUCAAUAAAAAACAAUCAUCCAUAGAAUCUAUGGAGGGAGACAAUAUUUUUAAUAGCAGCAAAGUGAUCUCAGAAUUAGUUAAAUUAAGCAAAAAUAAAGCAAUUACCACUUAUGUAUUAAGACCUAAACUUACAUCACCUUGUAUUUUUGAAAACAAAAGAGUUGUUGGUGUCCCACCUGAUACUUCAAGUUUUAAUCAAAAAACAACACAAGAAGGUUCAAUUGAUCAAAUUAUGAAAUUUAUCAAAGAUGAACCAAUUUUUAAUGAUUCUGAAACUGAAUUGAAUAUAAUUAACGGGGAACAUCAAUCUGUUGAUUGUUUAGGAACACAGUAUACAUCUGAAAAAAAAGCUUUAGAUGUAAAACAGAAUCCUAAAAUAGAAUGUUUUCCCCGUACUAAUCGAGAUAGUUAAAAAUCAAGUGAAUUAUUAAUAUACAAAAUUUAAAAAUAUAUUAAACAAGGAAUUCAUGUUUUAAUUUUUAAAAAUUAAGAUUUAUUUAUUAUUUUGGAUUUAUUAGACUGAUAAUUUGUAUUUUAAUUUUUAUACUGAUUGAAUAUAUGAAAGUACAAAAUUUUACCAUAGAAACAGCUUUAAUUGAUGUAGUAAAAUAUUUUUGGAGUCAACUUUAAUGAUUG